AGUGUCGGAAAUAUAUUCUUAAUAGUUCGCAGUUCAUGAACUAUACAAGCUUAAUGGCAUUCCGACGCGCAGGCAGGAGACUGCCCAUACACUAUCCUGCGGAUGGCCCACGUAUGGAGUCUAGUAGGACCCAGAGCUUGGCUUGCACGACAUUCAUAAUCCAGCAUUACGCAGCGGACGGCAAGCCGGACUGCAAUGCAGGAUAAUUGUUUGUGGUAUGCCAAACGUACUCCGUCGUACUCUGUGUGCGUAACCUUGGAUUUUGAAACCUGAUAAAAUUAAGUAUAUUUAUUCAUUCGCUAGAAUCAUGAUACAAAGUAUGUAAAUCGUGCCUGAUAGUCACUAGCAGUCGCCUAACCCUUAUGUAUGUGGAGAGCCAGGAAGACAUCGCUAUCAGUUAAAUUCUUAAUUUAAUCACAAACAUGUCUUCAAAAACUUUUACCGGCUCUACAGACAGAUAUGGUGGAAUAACAGUAGACUCUGAAAAAGAACCCUGUGAGCCUGACCAGUUUCAGAAACAUUUAUCAGAUUCUCUGGAGAAAUGGUUUGAAGAGAAGAAACGAGCUGUGUGGUUCAAAGUCAAUAUUAAAGAUGCUACUUGGGUGCCCGUACUGGCUAAUGAAGGUUUCAACUUCCACCAUUCAAGAGACAGCUUUGUAAUGAUGUACAAAUGGCUACCUACAGACAGCUCUUCCAAUUUGCCUCCGCCUUGCCACACCAACCUUGGUGUUGGCGGAAUGGUCUUUAAUGAUAAAAACCAGAUUCUAGUUGUCACAGAGCAACAUUUAGAAUAUCCUCACUGGAAGUUGCCUGGAGGAUACGUUGAGAGAGGUGAAGACAUAAAAGAUGCUGCAGUCAGAGAAGUCAAAGAAGAGACAGGUAUUGAUGCCGUAUUCGAAUCAAUGGUAACCUUACGGCAUACUCAUAACAUGGCAUUUGGAAAUUCAGAUAUCUAUGUAGUAGUAAAACUAAAAGCGACAUCAGAAACCAUUACGAAGUCAGACAUGGAAAUUAAAGCUUGCAAAUGGAUGGAUGUAGACGAAUUCCUCAACCAUCCACAUGUUCAUGAAUUCAAUAGAUUUCUAGUAAUACAGGCAAUGGACCUCAACAACAGAAAUGUAAAACUUGAUUUUAAGAAAAAUGUAAUAAAAAUAUCCACAUGGACAAAGGAGAUCACCUCUCUUGUAGUAGAGGACACAUUAGAUGCAAAGCUAUGAAAAGUGUACAAUAUUAUCAUAAAAAAGCCUAGGAUACCAAAGGUAUAAAAUAGAACAAAAGAUUCCAUAAAUAGUAGCUGUGAUUAGUUGACAUAGGACUAUCAUGUAUGUACAA